AUUUCACUCGCCAGAUGGCAGGCGAGUAAUUGUUUAUCUCGAUCGAUUGAUCAAUCAUCGAUCGAUUUUCGUCGUGGAACAUGGAUGCGAACGGUUUGUGCAUUCCUUCUUUUUGGCAAAAUGCAAAUCUUAUUGAAAAUGAAAUACCUAUUAAUAUACAAGAGACUGCAGAGAAACUCAAUGUAGUUGCAAAAACUGCAAAUAUUGAUGGAAAUGAAGUAUUUUAUAGAGAAGUUGAACCAUUUAAAGGAUUAGAUUUUACGACGACUAUUACUUUAUUGUUAUUGCAUGGAGCGGCAUUUAGUUCUGAAACUUGGGAAAAGCUGAAUACGAUCCAGUUACUUUCUGCCAUGGGAUAUCGUACAGUUGCCAUCGAUUUGCCUGGAUUUGGAAAUAGCCCAAAUGCAAAAGUGGAAAAGCAAACAUUUCUCAGCAAAGUAGUGGAAACUCUGAAUUUAAAUAAUCCGGUUGUGAUAAGUCCGAGUCUUAGCGGCUUAUUUAGUCUCCCGUACAUGUUGAAAAAUUGGCCAGAAAUGGGAGGAUACGUACCUGUUGCUCCGGUUGGAACUGAUCUAUUAGAAAAUAUUGGUGUUUCGUUGGAAGGAUCCGACGAACGAUUGCAAAGAGUCCCCGAAGAAUUGAAGAAUUUCCUUCAGCCUCCACUUCCAAAUUUAGAUGAAUUUUUGGUACCAACAAUGGUUGUUUACGGAGAAAAAGACAGAAAACGAAAUUCAGCAUUACUGUCUCUGCUUCCUUGCAGUCAAGCCAGAGAAAUACCUAAAGCAAAGCAUCCCGCUUAUCUCGACAAUCCACCAUUAUGGCACAAACUGCUUUAUAACUUUUUAAAGCAGAUUGAAAUUGCAAAAACCAAAUAAUUUCAAAGAAAGAAAAUGUAAACAUAAUAAUAAAACAAACAUUUGUGAUUGUUUUCAGUU